AUGGCGGGGGCGCCGCGCGGCCGAGGCGGAGGCGGCGGCGGCGGAGGCGGAGGCGGCGGCGCGGGCGAGCCCGGGGGCGCCGAGCGGGCGGCGGGGCCGGGCGGCCGGCGCGGGCUGCGGCCGUGCGGUGAGGAGUUCGCGUGCCCCGAGCUGGAGGCGCUGUUCCGCGGCUACACGCUGCGGUUGGAGCAGGCGGCCACGCUGAAGGCGCUGGCCGUGCUCAGCGGGCUGGCGGGCGCGCUGGCGCUGGCGGAGCUGCUGGGCGCGCCGGGGCCCGCGGCCGGCCUGGCCAGGGGCUCGCACCCCGCGCACUGCGUGCUUUUCCUGGCGCUGCUCGUGGUCACCAACGUGCGCUCGCUGCAGGCGCCGCAGCUGCAGCAGGUCGGCCAGUUGGCGCUGCUGUUCAGCCUCACCUUCGCGCUGCUCUGCUGCCCCUUCGCGCUCGGCGGGCCCGCGGGCACCCACGCCGGCGCGGCUUCGGGGACGGCGGCCGCCGACCACGGCGUCUGGCAGCUCCUUUUGGUCACCUUCGUGUCCUAUGCCCUGCUGCCCGUGCGCAGCCUGCUGGCUGUCGGCUUCGGGCUCGUGGUGGCCGCCUCACACUUGCUGGUCACGGCCACCUUGGUGCCCGCCAAGCGCCCGCGUCUCUGGAGGACGCUCGGUGCCAACGCCCUGCUCUUCCUCAGUGUGAACAUGUACGGGGUGUUUGUGCGGGUCCUGGCCGAACGCUCCCAAAGGAAAGCCUUCCUGCAGGCCCGGAACUGCAUCGAGGACCGGCUUAGGCUGGAGGAUGAGAACGAGAAGCAGGAGCGGCUGCUUAUGAGUCUUCUGCCCCGGAAUGUUGCCAUGGAGAUGAAGGAGGACUUCCUGAAGCCCCCCGAGAGGAUUUUCCACAAGAUCUACAUCCAGCGGCACGACAAUGUGAGCAUCCUCUUCGCGGACAUCGUGGGCUUCACGGGCCUGGCGUCGCAGUGCACGGCCCAGGAGCUGGUGAAACUCCUGAACGAGCUCUUCGGCAAGUUUGACGAACUGGCUACGGAGAACCACUGCCGCCGCAUCAAGAUCCUCGGGGACUGCUACUACUGUGUGUCGGGCCUCACCCAGCCCAAGACCGACCACGCCCACUGCUGCGUGGAGAUGGGGCUGGACAUGAUUGACACCAUCACGUCGGUGGCCGAGGCCACGGAGGUGGAUCUGAACAUGCGUGUGGGGCUGCACACCGGCCGGGUCCUCUGCGGGGUCCUCGGCCUGCGCAAGUGGCAGUAUGACGUGUGGUCCAAUGACGUGACGCUGGCCAAUGUCAUGGAGGCCGCCGGCCUGCCCGGGAAGGUCCACAUCACGAAGACGACCCUGGCUUGCUUGAACGGGGACUAUGAGGUGGAGCCGGGGCACGGGCACGAGAGGAACAGUUUCCUAAAGGCUCACAACAUCGAGACCUUCUUCAUCGUGCCGUCACACCGGCGGAAGAUAUUUCCAGGGCUGAUCCUGUCCGACAUCAAGCCUGCCAAGAGGAUGAAGUUCAAGACCGUGUGUUACCUGCUGGUGCAGCUUAUGCACUGUCGGAAGAUGUUCAAGGCGGAGAUCCCCUUCUCCAACGUCAUGACCUGCGAGGACGAUGACAAGCGGAGGGCGUUGAGAACCGCGUCGGAGAAACUCAGAAACCGCUCGUCCUUCUCCGCUAACGUCGUGCACACCGCUCCGGGCACGCGGGUCAACAGGUACAUCGGCCGCCUCCUGGAGGCGCGCCAGAUGGAGCUAGAGAUGGCCGACCUGGACUUCUUCACCCUGAAGUACAAGCACGCGGAGCGUGAGCGCAAGUACCACCAGCUGCAGGACGACUACUUCACCUGUGCUGUGGUGCUCGCGCUUGUCCUGGCUGCCGUGUUCGGCCUCGUUUACCUGCUCAUCAUCCCACAGAGCGUGGUUGUCCUGCUGCUGCUGGUGUUCUGCAUCUGCUUCCUGGUGGCCUGUGUCCUGUACCUGCACGUCACUCGCGUCCAGUGUUUUCCAGGAUGCCUGACCAUCCAGAUCCGCACCGUCUUGUGUAUUUUCAUCGUGGUCCUAAUUUACUCCGUGGCCCAAGGCUGUGUGGUGGGCUGCCUGCCCUGGGCCUGGAGCUCCAGCCCCAACGGGUCCCUCAUGGUCCUGGCGCCCGGCGGCCGGAAUGCCCUGCUGCCCGCCGCGCCCUGCGAGUCGGCCCCCCACGCCCUGCUGUGCGGCCUCGUGGGCACCCUCCCGCUGGCUGUCUUCCUGCGGGUGUCCUCGCUGCCCAAGAUGAUCCUGCUGUUUGUGCUCACAGCGUCCUACAUCCUGGUCCUGGAGCUCAGCGGGUACACCCGGGCCUCGGGGGGCGGCGCGGUGUCUGGGCGCAGCUUCGAGCCGAUCGUGGCCAUCCUGCUGUUCUCCUGCACGCUGGCCCUGCACGCGCGGCAGGUGGACGUAAAGCUGCGGCUGGAUUACCUGUGGGCGGCACAGGCGGAGGAGGAGAGGGACGACAUGGAGAGGGUGAAGCUGGACAACAAGCGGAUCCUCUUCAACCUCCUGCCGGCCCACGUCGCUCAGCACUUCCUCAUGUCCAACCCCCGGAACAUGGACCUGUACUACCAGUCCUACUCGCAGGUGGGCGUCAUGUUUGCCUCCAUCCCCAACUUCGACGACUUCUACAUCGAGCUGGACGGCAACAACAUGGGUGUGGAGUGCCUGCGCCUCCUGAACGAGAUCAUCGCUGACUUUGACGAGCUCAUGGACAAAGACUUUUACAAGGACCUGGAGAAGAUCAAGACCAUUGGGAGCACCUACAUGGCUGCGGUGGGGCUAGUGCCCACGACAGGGUCCAAGGCAAAGAAGUGCAUCUCCUCACACCUCAGCACGCUGGCCGACUUCGCCAUCGAGAUGUUUGACGUCCUGGACGAGAUCAACUACCAGUCUUACAACGACUUUGUGCUCCGCGUCGGCAUCAACGUUGGCCCCGUGGUGGCCGGGGUGAUUGGGGCUCGAAGGCCACAGUAUGACAUUUGGGGAAACACGGUCAAUGUGGCCAGUCGGAUGGACAGCACCGGUGUCCAGGGCAGAAUCCAGGUGACCGAGGAGGUUCACCGGCUGCUGCGAAAGGGCACCUACCGCUUCGUGUGCCGUGGGAAGGUCAGCGUCAAGGGCAAGGGUGAGAUGCUAACGUACUUCCUGGAAGGCCGGACCAAUAGAAAUGGCUCCCAGGCCAGGUCCCUGAACGCAGAGCGGAAAAUGUGUGCUUACGGGCGACCUGGCCUCCAGACCAGACUGGGCACAGGCCCGCCCCCAAUGGCCCCAAUGGCCGGUCCCCCAGUCAGAGCUGGGCUGGGGGCUCUGCAGGGCUCGGGGCUCCCGCCGGGCCCUCAUGGCCAGCACCCGCCCCCCGGAGCAGCUGGGAAGGAGGCUUAGUGGAGCCCACGCUGGCUGCUGGGGGCUCCAGCAGGGACCAGCCCGGCCCACAGAUCAGAGCCUGCAGCCAGAGGUUGGGCUGCAGAAGGGGUGCCGUCCCGGCGUGACCCAAAGCAGCUGGGCAGUGACGGGCCGGGCGAGCCCUGGCCACCUGGAUGCUGCCCACCUCGGUCCUCUCCUCGGUGGCCGAGGAGCGGCUGCCUGGGGUUGGCCAGCUCAGCGUCCAGCGUCGGGACUUGGGAACAUCCUCCAUGGCCCCAGGCUUCGGUUCAGCGGGAGCCGUGGAGCUGUGGACGGCAGAGCGGGAGCAUGCCCUGAGAAGGCCUGCAGCAGUCCGGGCUGGGAGCCAGGCCUCAUGCGUGUGUGUCUGGGCCCCCGAGCCCAGAUGGGGCCGGCCUGCAGCGCGCGGUUUGGGGAGAAGCCACGCACCCAGAGGGGGGCUGCUGGCUUCCUUUGGGAGCCCUUUCUCGAGGGCCAGAGGCGGGUCUUCUGGAAUUCUUGGGGCCCCGAGCCACGUCUCUGUGUUGCGACCAGCAUCAUCCCUGCUCUGCCUGCGAGUCCCGAGAUGUCCCUCAGCCCCCCGAUGGCCUCGGCCCUACAAACCCUGGCCUCACUCGUCAGGGAAGGAACCAAGAUCGGGGCCGCUGGGUCCUUGCUGCGCCCGCGUCUGGGGCUCCCGCUCUCCUCACAACAGCACAAACCUGCAUGGAUUUUGAAACAAGCGAACCAUACCUCAACACAGAGAAAGCCCCCUGCGGAGAAAGCUGUACCCCGGAUGUGGGAUUUCAGAGUGAGUUUGGGGGACACCUGCAGGGAGAGGGCUGCAGGGGACUCUGGGGAGGCCUGGGGGUCUCCCACGCGCCCAGGUGCGGACCAAGGACGCGUGGGAUGUGUUGCUAGGGGCGCUGGGUGGCAGCUCCGACCGUAGGCGGAAGGCAGCUUGGCACUGGUGGGCAGGGGCUCGGCUUACUCUGGCUGAGCCCCUGUGCAUGUCCCCGGGCUGUUCCUGUGGUGGACCCGCGAGACGUGAUGUCCUUCGUGAGGCCUCAGCCCUGCCCGGCCGUGGGGCAGCAUGGUCGGCUGCCAGGCCGUGCGUGGAUAGCCAGCGAUGUGGGACUCAGGACGGAGGUGGGUGGGUGGACGGCCUCCCUCCUGAGAACCAGCUCUGCGCAGGGCCACCGAAGGCCAUUGCUACCAUCACUACUGAGAAGGACUCUGUGGCCCAGCCGUCCCCGUUCAGCCUUUAGAGAGACGUGGCAUGAUUCCUUCAGGGGAAACCGAGUCAUCUUGGGAGUCCCAUGAGCAUGUGGCCCAUGUGGUGUGCCUGUCUGUGCCAGGCUGCGGGACUGAGGACCUGGCUAGGGUCCUGGAGCCUGCCUGCCGGUGGCUGCCAGGCUUCCAUCAGGGCAGUCUGGGGGGCAGCGGAUCACACUGAGGUCCUGACCCCGUGCUCGAUUGCAUGGCAAAGGGACUUCACAGACAGAACUGAAGGUUGGGCCUUAGGCCAGGGGCAGGAUCCUGAGCUCUCUGGGUGGGCCGCCUGCCUCCUCGAAGUGGACUCAGAGGCAGGGUGGUCAGGAUGGCCCAAGGAUGAGGUUGCUGUUUAAAGAUGCAGGGACCCAACCAUCAGCCAUCGGGGAGAGGAGCUGGCUGCCCCUGCAGAGACAUGCCGUGGACUCCUUGUCCACCCAAGUGACCCGGGGGCAGGUGGACGCCAGCGAGAGUCUCCGUGGCCCCCAGCCCUGCUGGUCCCGGACCGGGGGUCCACAGGACCAGGAGCUCUGGAGCCCUGACUUGUGCGUGGCCGUGGCGGGAGGCCGUGGGACCACCCACGGCGCCAAGGCCCAGCUCCCAGGAGCACGCGACACGUCGGUCAUCAGCAGUCCAGACUCUACCGUUCCCGAGGGCGCGGGAGCCACCGCAGCGAUCCUCGGAGGCGGGUGCACGAUGUCUUCCUCUUUAUUUGUGAUGAGACUGUAUGAUCUUGCCUUAUUUAUUUUUAAUCUUGUACCGUAUUCAUGGGCAAAGUUAGCCUUUCGAGUAGGGUUCUCUCUAAAUUAUUUAAGACGCUCUGUAAAUAGUGCACUGUUUCAGGGGACACCUGUUCACUCCCACCAAAAAUGAGAACAGCCCCCCCAACUCCUGUGCGCAUGGCACUCUUUAUCCAGAUGUGUGACGUCCCUAAGGCACCACGCCCCCGCUUGGGGGCGCCUCAGCACUAUGGGGGGACCCGCGUGUCCCUCGUGCACCACUUAGGCCCAACCUCCGUAGUGCAGAAGGCAGCACCAAACUUCCAGGCACUUCCACGGACCGCUGGGCCUGGGGGGUCCGCUGCACGGUACGUGUAAGCUACAGCGUGGAGCACCCCCACCACCACCACAGCAGGCCCUCCCUCCCAGGCUGCACGUUAGUCAGACCCCAGAGCCACAGCGCUUCCAGACACUUCCUGUCUCCAGAGGCAAUAACUAACCUGUGGAGACAAGGCCAGUCCAAAGCCAAUGGUGAUUCCAGCACAAGCCAUGCACACGAGUUUGCCCACAUUCAACCACGUCAUGGGGCGGGGGGGCGACACCCCUGUGGCCGCCCAACCCCUCCUGCAGACUCAGCUCAGGCCCUGAGUUCUGUGGGGUUUGUCGUCGGUGUCCCAGGCACAGGGAGCAGAGGGCCAGCCUCAGCCCUGUCAGUGAAGUCACCCUAGGGGCUAAUGCACGUCUGUGCCCACCUGCGACCCUUCUAACCCAUCUCAGCGCGUGCACUGGGUGCAGGGAGCCUCCGGGCUGGGACACCUGUCCUGCCUGAUGAGCCUGCUCUGUGUGUUGGGUCUGGGCCCCAACGGGAUCCAGAUGAUACGAAUGCCUGCUCCCGUCCCAUCAGUACCCAGAAGUAGUGUGAACCCCUCCUUUGUCCUGCUUUUGAAGAAGGAAGGGUCCUGUGGGCCUCACGCUUGUGUGCCCUGGACAGGUGGACCUAGCUUCAUUUCAGCAUGUGUUCCCGGGAUUCCCCAAGUCUGGGGUCCUGCAGGCCCCUCCCUGUGUGGCCAUCUCCACCCAUGACAUGCAUGUGCAGCCCACGAGGCAGGGGCUCCCUAAGUGUGUACCUGCCACUGCGUGGGAGCCGGACGUGGGGGGUAGGGAGGCGCCCAGCCAUGUGGGAGCCGGGUCUCCAAGAUGGGGGGCACCCUGCAGCGUGGGAGUCGGGUCUCGGGGGUUGGGGGUGCCCCGCUGCACACCAAGCAGCUCUCUGACUCAGCGGGUCCCAGAGCACUGACAACACUUGUGAUUCUGAAGCAUACGGGCCUGUUGGGUCCAUAGAAAGUUGCCCCUGGAAACCAACUUGACCUGAUUUUGUAGCGACUUCAGUUUUAAAAACAACAAAACUUAAAAAGCAACAAAUCAACCUCCUUACAGGAAGUUGGUUUCAAAAUGUUUGGUUUGGGGGAUGACUAAGGGGCGGGGAGGGGCCGGCUGGAAGCCGGAGGGCACAGCUGCGCCCCUGCACCGCGUCAUGUCCUCCCCACCCCUGCAGUGUGCUUGGAAAGCCUGGUGGGGAGUUGGAGCCCUGGUGGGGAAUUGGAGCCCCAGCACUCUCCGAGGG